UAUCUUGUUUUUUCGUCAUCAUCGUCAGAGGUUUCUUUUUUAUGUAAAUUUAUUUACGCAAGGUUUAUUAGUAGAUUGUUGGCACAGCCGAGAGUGAAAGCUGAUACGUCAAGCCCCUAUAGGAUUCCAGUCAUAUGUCCCUAGCUCCUAAUCUUGGUUUAGCAGUUCAACAGAUAGACAACAUGACGCUUUGUGGAGCGUUAGUAGCGUCUCCAUUCUUGAAAGCAGCAAAUCAGCUGGAUACAAGGCUAACUGGAACUGAGCCUUGGAAGAUCGUGGUUGGUACUGCGGGAGUAUCUCUCGGUGUCGCCUAUUUGUACUCCUUAACCCGACAUAGGAUCCCGCUAAGGGUGCGAGCUAAAGCGUACAUUUUUAAAUGGAUCAAGAGAAUCCCGGCCAUCCGACGAAAAAUCAUGGACGAAAAGAGUAAGAUGAAGGCAAACAUGACUGAGGAGUUGCAGAAGGACUGCAUGGACCUCCCAGAUAUCCUGGUUUUACCGGCAAACGGAUUCUCCCAUGAUGACGUGAUCCAGAAGACUAAAGAGUAUCUAGAGUAUGGUAACAUGGACUGGGAGUCUGGUGCGCUCUCUGGUGGUGUUUAUAAUGGUAGUAAAGAGCUCUCAGAACUGAUCACAGAAGUUUACAGACUUGCACUCUGGAGCAAUCCCCUCCAUCCCGACGCCUUCCCUGGCCUUCGUCAGAUGGAGAUGGAGGUUGUAAGGAUGACAUGUGAUAUGUUCCAAGGAGGUCCUGAGUCCUGUGGUUGUGUUACUACAGGAGGAACAGAAUCAAUCCUCCUGGCCUGCAAAGCGUAUAGGGAUCGCGCACUUGAGCGCGGAAUUGAGUUCCCAGAGAUUCUUGUUCCCGUAAGUGCGCAUGCAGCCUUUGACAAAGCCGCCCAGAUUCUUGGAAUGAAUAUCCAACACGCUCCCAUGGAUCCAAUCACAAUGAGAGUUGAUCUCCCCGCUAUGAAACGAUUGAUAACCAAGAACACCGCCAUGUUGGUUGGUUCAGCACCUCAGUUUCCACAUGGUAGUAUUGACCCCAUAGAAGAGAUUGGACAACUCGGCUUAAAGUACGAUAUCCCGGUGCAUGUUGAUGCAUGUCUUGGAGGAUUUAUUAUCGCGUUCCAGGGCGAGGCCGGUUAUCCUGUUGGUGGGUUUGAUUUUACAGUGCCCGGAGUCUGCAGUAUCAGCGCGGAUACACACAAGUAUGGUUAUGCACCUAAAGGAAGUUCAGUGCUAGUCUACAAAAAUCCCGAGUUGAGGAACUAUCAAUGGUUUUCUUGUCCUGACUGGCCCGGCGGUAUUUAUGCCACUCCCACCAUCGGUGGUAGUCGUGCCGGCGGUAUUAUCGCCGCCACUUGGGCUUCAAUGAUUCAUUUUGGCCGAUCUGGAUAUGUUGAAUCGACGAAAAGGAUUGUUGAGACAACAAGAAGAGUUGCCAAGGAACUUGCUGACAUCCCUGGCCUUAAGAUCGUCGGUGUCCCUGAAGUAUCGGUAGUUGGGUUCGGCAGUGACCACUUUAACGUCUACGCAGUCACCGACGGAAUGAAAAACAGAGGAUGGAGUCUAAACUCUCUUCAGUUCCCUGUAUCCGCCCAUAUUUGCAUCACCACACUGCACACUCUGCCUGGCGUGGCAGAUAGAUUUCUUAACGAUGUUCGGGAGAUUACGGCGGAGAUUAUGAAAAAUCCCGGGGCCUGUAACUCUGGAACCGCCGCGGUUUACGGUAUGGCAGCUUCUAUCCCUGAUCGUUCAAUUGUUUCUGAGUUGAUCGGGUGUUAUUUGGAUGCUUUAUAUUCCUCUAAGCUCGAUCUAAACAUCUCCCCUAAAAAUGUUUAAUGGGAAGUUUCACUUGAAAUGUGAUUUUUUUGUAAGAAGCAUCGGUUAUAAAUAUUUGACCAGAAGUUUAUUUUUAUAAAUAUAUUUUGCUUACUUUUCA